CCAAAAAGAAAAAAAAAUGCUGUAAUCCAGAAGAAUUAUCGUGCCGCUAACUCGGGGUUAAGCAGAGGUUAUCGUCCCCGCCGCAGGUUAACCAACUGCCGGCGAGGUGAGACCGUGAGAGGAGCGGGGCGCGGUCGAUACCCAGCCAUGCUCCCGCUGCGGCGCUUUGCGGGGGCCUGCCGCCGGCGAGGCCUCGCCGGGAUCGCCCCCGGAGCACCCCGGGAGGCGGCGGACGCGGUGGUGGUGGGCGCCGGCGUGGUCGGGCUCGCGGUGGCGCGCGCGCUGGCCAUGGCCGGCCGCGAGGUGGUGGUGGUCGAGGCCGCCCCCAGCUUCGGCACCGGCACCAGCUCCCGCAACAGCGAGGUCAUCCACGCCGGCAUCUACUACCCUCCCGGCAGCCUAAAGGCUAGUCUUUGUGUAAGAGGAAGGGAAAUGCUCUACAAGUACUGUGCAGAACGAGAAAUUCCCCAUAAACAGCUCGGUAAACUCAUCGUUGCUACUGGUGUUGCAGAGACGGCAAAAUUGGACAUGCUUCUCAAGAAUGCUAAAGAAAAUGGGGUGGAUGAUCUUCAGAUGAUGGAGGGUUCUGAAGCUAUGGAGAUGGAACCUGAACUUCGCUGUCUUAAGGCUUUACUGUCACCUCGUACUGGGAUUGUUGACUCUCAUUCAUUCAUGCUCUCCCUUUUGGCUGAUGCUGAGAAUUUAGGAACAGCCAUAUCUUACAACACAACGGUUACAAAUGGAUAUAUUGGAGAUGAAGGCCUCGAGCUUCAUAUUUCUGAAAGCAAAGCACUGGAGAAUCAUUCUGUGGGCUCUCCUGUGUCCCCACAACUCAUUUUGUUUCCAAAACUUCUGAUAAAUUCAGCAGGUUUGAGUGCGGCUCCACUUGCUAAAAGAUUCCAUGGCCUUAACCAAGUAUUUGUGCCCCCUGCUUAUUAUGCGCGUGGAUGUUACUUCACCCUUUCUCAAACCAAGAGCCCUUUCAGCCACUUGAUCUACCCUCUACCAGAGGAUGGUGGCAUAGGGGUACAUGUCACGCUAGAUUUGAAUGGUGUUGUUAGAUUUGGCCCAGAUGUUGAGUGGAUAGAUGGUGGUAAGGAUGUCACGUCAUGCUUCCUGAGUAGGUUCGAUUACUCAGUCAAUCCUACCAGAUGUUCUAAAUUUUAUCCUGUAAUAAGGAAGUAUUUUCCUAACCUCAAGGAUGAUUCUUUGGAACCCAGUUAUUCUGGGAUACGACCAAAGCUUUCUGGCCCGGGGCAGCCUCCUUCAGAUUUUGUUAUUCAGGGGGAGGAUAUCCAUGGUGUUCCUGGGCUGGUCAACUUGUUUGGAAUAGAAUCCCCUGGUCUGACGUCAAGUUUGGCUAUUGCUGAAUACAUUGUUUCAAGGUAUUUGAGAUGAGAGCCCCUCGAGUCAACACUUCAUACUUUGUUUCAAGGUAUUCUCGCCUUCAUGCGGCGCGGAAGCCGGCAGGGUCAUGUGAAUCACAUUACUUGUGUAUUUAUGAUUGUGAUCUUUGUUUGCCCUUUGCAUCAACAAAACACCUUUCGGCAACUUGAUAGGCUUGCAAGGCAAUUCUUGUAUUCCUUGUUUUCUUUUCUUUCUUUUGAGGAUUUUGCAAGCUGUGUUGCAAGUGUUAUAUUUUGGCAGUUUGGCUGAGAUCCGAACUUAGCUAUUGCAAUAAUGUAUAGAGAAGCACGAAAA